ACGCCAGGUAACCCUUCUUCCAUUUCUCUCUUUUCUUCAUACUGUUCUUCCAUAAUCACACCAUUUAUAAUCAGUAUUAAGUCCAUUAGAGUUUAAUUUCUUGAUGUUAAUUGUGGGUUUAAUCGAUUCUUGAUGCAUUAGCUAUUAAUGGUCAUGUGGGGUUUUAGCUAUUUGCAAAAUCUGUGGCCUUUUUCUGUAUUAAAUCCCAAUGAUUUGAGAAUUUCAGAUGGGUUUGUGAGGAAAUUAGGAAUACCCGAAAGUACCAAACAGUUCGUUUAUGCAAUUCAAGAACCUGAAUCGAAGGCUGUUAUAUACGUAUUGUGUGUGCAGAAUUUAUCUGAGCGAUCUGCUGUUGAUGCCGAGUGUUUGAUUAGGGAAGUUAAGCCUGAGGCUGUAGUUGUCCAAGUGGGUAAUUCUGUAGAUGGUCAUGAAAAUGAGGGAAUUGGGUUGAGAGAUAGUGGUGAUUUAGAGGAGGAGGAGUCGGUACCAACUUCGUCGAUUGAGGUUUUGAAGAGGUGUUUUGUGCAUAAAACUAGUAAGGAGAAGUAUGAGAAUGUGGCGGGGCGAGUUGUUUUGAGAGAGAUAUUUGGGGUUGGGUUUGAUGGGCAUUUCCCUGCUGCCAAGAAAGCAGCUGAAGAGGUUGGUUCGGCUUUCUUGUUGCUUGAGUCACCGUUUGUUAAAUGCAGUUUGUCUGGUGAGUAUUCUGAUGUGGGGGAUGUGGGGUUCGAGAAUAAGUUUGGAGUGUUUGGUUUGGAGGAGGGGUAUGAUAAUAUGCUUGGAGUGUUUGGCUUAGAGGCUGGUAAUAGUUUGGUUCCUCUAAGGACGGGGUUAAUGGUGUCAGGAAAUUCUCAUGGAUUUCGUGUUACAAAUGAUGUUCAGUCUCAGAUGGUGAGGCUGUUGUCAUCACAUUUGGUCAAUUCAAGUUCCUUACAAAAGAUUGGAUCUGAGGAUAUUCAGCAACAGUUGAAUUAUCAAGUACCACAGUUUGCACAGACAGUUUAUCCUUUGCUCCUGGAUCUAUAUAAUAUUUUUGUUGAUAUUCCCUCUAUAGGAAGAGCUCUAGCUUGUGCUCAAAAGAUGUUUCAUGAUGUUUGUAAUGGAGAUGCUGUUAAUACAGAUGUUCUUUCUGAGGUUUAUGUCUUCAAGAUUGCAGUUGAAGGGUUAAGAAUUGCUUUGAACAAUGCUGGUCGGCUCCCACUUAGCAAAAUGGGGUGUCCUACGACUGAAUUUUCUGAGCUUUCUAUUGAGGACAAGUCCCAUGCCCUUGUUGCACAGUCCCUCCGAAGUCAGACCGAGAAGUUCAAAUCAAUAGUUGCAGUAGUAGAUGCCAGUGGCUUAGCUGGACUAAGGAAGCACUGGAGUGUUAAUGUACCUGAGGAAGUAAAGGAAAUUGUUGAGCAGCUGGUCACUGACUCUGAAGACGAUGGGGACAAUUCAAGCCAAAGUGACAAAAAAGGGUUACUAGCUGUUAAGCCAGUGGUAGCUGUUGGGGCUGGUGCAACUGCAGUUUUGGGAGCUUCUUCAUUUUCUAAAGUUGUUCCUGCAUCUACAAUAUUGAAGGUUGUUACCUUCAAAGUCCCUGCUUCUCUAAAAAUCAUGAUCACUCAAACCCAAAAGGCCCUUGCUCUUGCAUUUGGAAAGUCAAACGUAGCAGGCCCUGCAAUGGCAAGUUCUGGUGUCAAAUCAUCUGUCCUUAAGGCAACUGCUUCUGCAGAGAAAAUCCGUGCCGUGGCGCACGGCGUUAUAGCCUCUGCAGAGAAAACUAGCAUCUCAGCCAUGAGAACGGCAUUCUAUGAAAUUAUGAGGAAACACCGAGUACGACCCGUUGGCUUUCUGCCAUGGGCUACCUUUGGGUGCAGUGUAGUUACUUGUGCGAGCUUACUUGUGUAUGGAGAUGGAAUAGAAUGUGUUGCUGAAUCUCUUCCAGCAGCUCCUUCAAUUGCCAGUUUGGGUCGUGGAAUCCAAAGUUUGCAUCAAGCUUCCCUGGCAGUGAAACAAACAGAAAACUCCAGGAUACAAAAGUCAAUAGAGUCUCUUGUGUACAGAUUUAAGAAGAUAAGUAUCUCAUAAAGUGUUCAGUUCCUUUCUCAAGUACAUGAGUCAAUAGUUGAGCCCUAACUUUUUCAUUCAAAUAGAUUUUAGCAAAGAGGUUGUGCAAUUUAUGAUACUUGGGCUUUGUCUGUAUCACAUGUUAUGGCAAGAAGUUCCAAUAAAAUGUGAUUGGAGUUUGGAUGAUUUUUCAA